AUGGCAGUCAGGACAGUGCGUGAUAUGGCAGUUCCACUUACAGCUAAUGUCACAUCUAGCAUACAAAAACCUCUAGCUCGAGGAAAAUUUGAACUGAAACAGAACAUGGUGCAAUUGUUGUACUCUAAUGGGCAGUUUACUGGAUUGCCUCAUGAAGAUCCUCAAGGAAUCCCAAAAUAUGUUAAAUUUAUCAAAGAUAUUGUGGCCAAUAAAAGCAAGUUAGCUGAAUUUGCAACAGUGGCACUCAUUGAAGAGUGUAGUUCAAGAAUCUUGAACAAUAGUAAGCUUCUAGCUAAACUAAAAGAUCUAGGUAGUUUUGCGGUACAGAUAACCAUUGGUAAAUAUAGUAAUGCAAGAGGUCUUUGUGAUCUGGGUGCUAGUAUUAACUUGAUGCCUAGAUCUAUGCUUAAGAAAUUAGGCCUGGGAGAACUUAAAGCAACAACUAUUUUCCUACAGUUAGCUGAUCAUUUUGAGCCUGACCUCGAUGAUCCUUUUAUCUUAGGACGUCCGUUCUUGGCAAUAGGUGGGGUACUUAUUAUUGUGGUUGUAGGUAGGUUAACUAUGAGAGCACAUGACAAAGUGGAAGUGUUUGAUCUAUAUCAGGCACUGAAUUUAUCUGCAGUCUAUGAAGAAUUGUCUGCGGUAACCAUCAUUGAUGAUGAGGCUUUAGCUCAAUGCAUUAUAGCAAAUGAUUCGUUCGCAAAAGUCAUGAUGGGUCAAGAUAUUAAUGAGGAUGUGGAAGCUAAUGAGUUAGCUAGUGUGCUUAAUAUGCCAAACAUCAAUAUGUGGAAGAAGAGUGUAGAACCCUUGAAUAGAGAUUUGGGCCCUUCACCCAAAUCUUCUCUAGAAGAAGCUCCUAAAUUGGAGUUGAAACAAUUGCCAGCACACCUCAGGUAUGUUUUUCUUGGAGUAAAUAAUAUAUUACCUAUAAUUCUUUCAUCUGCUUUUUCUGAGGCACAUGUCACAACAACACUUGAGGUGCUAGAGGCACAAAAAGGCAAUUGGAUGGCAAAUGGCUGA